UACGGUUUCACCCAGAGCUAGAGGUGGGGACUCUCUGGAGGGACGGAGCCGGACCAGACAUCGGUGGGUGUCCCGGCUGCAGAACAAGGAUGGACAGAAAGCCCCCCGAGGAGCUGCUCUUCAAAGACCAGGAUUUCUCCUCUGACUUACUGAGGCAGCUCAACGGCUUGCGACAGCAAGGGCUCCUGACCGACGUGCGCGUGUGCGCGGGCGGCACGGAGCUGCCGUGCCACCGGAACGUGCUGGCCUGCAGCAGCCCCUACUUCCGGGCCAUGUUCUGCGGCAGCUUUCGGGAGAGCCGCGAGGCCCGGGUGCAGCUGCAGGGCCUGGAGCCGGCCACGCUGGGCCAGAUCGUCCUGUACGCGUACACCGGCGAGGCGCACAUCACGGCGCGCAACGUGCUGGCGCUGCUGGAGGCGGCGUCCCUGCUGCAGUACCUCAAGCUCUUCGAGGCCUGCUCGGCGUACCUGCAGGGCCAGCUGAGCCCCGGCAACUGCCUGGGCCUCCUCCGGCUCUCGGACACCUUCAGCUGCGAGACCCUCCGCCGGAAGGCCCGGGACGUGGCCCUGACGCGGUUCCCCGAGGUGGCCGCGACGGCCGACCUCAAGGAGCUGGGCGCCGCGGAGCUGCGCGACUACCUGGGGGACGCGGCGCUGUGCGCCGAGGAGGAGACGGUGUUCGAGGCCCUCAUGGCCUGGCUGCGGCACGACGUGGCCAGCCGCAGGCAGCACAUGCAGGAGCUGCUGCUGCAGGUAAGGCUGCGCUACAUCCACCCCGCCUUCUUCCACCACUUCAUCGCCAGCGACGCGCUCCUGCGCUCCUCGCCCGCCUGCCGGGCCCUCCUGGAGGCGGCCAGGCAGCAGGUCUUCUCCCUGCACGGCGCCUCCAGCCUCCCGUGCCCGUGGCACGUGCCCCCCAGGAACGCGUACCGAGAGUUCCUCCUCCUCGUGGGGGGGAGGAAGGACAACCAGCAGACCACCCGCGACGUGCUGCUGUACGACGGGCACAGCGGCUGCUGGCAGGGCCUCGCCAAACUCCCCGUCCGGCUGUACAAGGCGGCCUCAGUGGCCCUGCACCGCAGCGUCUAUGUGCUGGGGGGCGUGGCGCUGGGCGAGGGGGCGCGCGUGCCCAGUCGCCACGUCUACGUUUUCUCCCUGAAACUCAACCAGUGGAGUCUGGGGCAACCCAUGCUGGCCGCCCGCUACUCCCACAGGAGCACGGCUCAUAAGAACUUCAUCUUCGCCAUCGGGGGCAUUGGAGAAGGGCAGGAGGUCCUGGGCUCCGUGGAGAGGUACGACAGCGUGAGCAACGUCUGGGAGACUAUGGCUAGCAUGCCGGUGGGGGUUCUCCAUCCGGCCGUGGCCGUGAAGGACCAAAGGCUCUACCUCUUUGGAGGAGAGGAUGCCAUGCAGAACCCUGUGCGUCUUAUCCAGGUUUAUCACCUUUCCAGAAACACAUGGUUCAAAAUGGAGACAAGGAUGAUCAAGAAUGUGUGUGCCCCCGCGGUGGUGCUAGGGGAGCGGAUCGUCAUCGUGGGAGGUUAUACCCGGAGGACUCUCGCUUACGACCCUCAGUCAAACAAGUUUGCCAAGUGUGCCGACAUGAAGGACCGGAGGAUGCACCACGGGGCCACCGUGCUGGGGAAUAAGCUGUAUGUAACCGGCGGCCGUUGGCUCACCAGUGACUGCCGCAUUGAGGACUCGGCUGCCUUUGACUGCUACGACCCCGACACGGACACCUGGACAUCGCAGGGACAGCUGCCGCACACACUCUUUGACCACGCCUGCCUCACCCUGCAGAGCCUCCCCGGCCCAGCCACCUGCUCCCAGGGCCGUGAGAACCCCGCUUCCCUUACAGGAGACAAGAACUGA